AUGGUUGUCGAUUUCACCUACUCCCUUGUCGAAACUCGACAAUUAAUGAAAACUAAAAUUGUUGCAUGUAUAUGGUCGCCGAAGACGGACUUGAUUGCUUUAGGUUCAGAAAGUGGGUGUGUUUCUGUGCACAGGUAUAAAAUGACAUGUAUUUGGGAGUGUGAUAAAUCAGAUCUAGGCAGUGUAUCUAAUUUGACUUGGAGACCGGAUGGCAAAAUAUUAACAGCUGCAUUCUCAUCUGGUAAAGUAUGCUUCUUUGUUGUUGGUGAUGGAUUCGUUUUUCAUGAGCUACAAUUUCCCAGUACAAUUGAUUAUCUUCUAUGGACCAAUUAUCAAAGUCCAACUACAAAUACCAAUAAUAGUAAUUCAGAGAUUAACUAUCUUAAGAAUAAUGUAGCUACAUACUUUCCAGAUGUGAAGCAUUUAUCUAUGUUUAAAUCUGAUGUGAACUUCUCAUCUACUGAUGUUUGUAAAUAUGCACAAUUACUUAGAGAUAUCGAUGGCAACAAUUUUCCGAUACUUACAGUUUAUUCGAAAAAUACAGUUUAUUUUUACGGGUUCGGGGUAUUCGAAAUCGCUGCUUAUAAUUUACAUUCAGCUGAUGAUACAUUGAAUCAUACUGAUACAUCCAAGCUUAUCAGUUGCCAUUUAUCAGCUGAACAAAAUAUACUUUUAAUAACUGAAUCGUUUCUUAAUGUCGACGGACAAUGUAAUGUGGUCUGCCGUAAGAUCCCAUGCGAUGGAUUUCAGAAGUUUGGCUAUCAGCUAAUGAGACUAUCAUCACAGGCUUAUUCAAUUAAAAUUACGAAAUCUUUAUUAGACUGGAGUUUCAAUCAAGUAUGUAUUUGUUGGGAAGAUAUGAUUUUAGAAAUGGACGCUAAAUUCACAAAAUAUGCUCGUGAACGCUUGAAACAGAAUAAAGAUUGGUCUUUAUGUGUGGAACUAUUACAGUUCAUUCUUUUUGGCCAUUGUUGUCCUGAUUUGCGAAAAUUCCUUGUUGAAGAUUGGACUGCUGCUAGUUUAAAACGUACUGGCACCGCAACUUUAAAAGCUUAUGAAUCAAUCAAAACGAUAUGCUUUCAACAAAUUCAGUUCUUCUUACAGCGUCUUCUAUUCCAUGUAUCUGAAGUUCUGGGCUGUUUACGAGAUACAGAAUUAUAUCAUGAAUUACAAAUUCCAGCAUCUACAGCUUUAAACCUUUUACGAACGAUUGGAAUGACUUUGCAAAAAACUCAAGAAUUACAGUUAGUAAUUGAGAAGAGUCUUACACAGUUACGCGCUUUCUUUAAAUGGUUAUACGGUGCUAUACUCGAACAGUCUGGACGUCUUCUACCUAAUGAUUUUCCACGAGUGAAUCUUACUGAACGUGAACUUGUCAUAAAUUUUAUUACCGAAUCAUUACAACCUGUAUUUGUUCAAGGUGAAUUACAAAAUUAUCAGGUUGAUUUAGUUGAACAAUAUAUUCGAUCUGGUGAAGUGUAUAAACCUUUAGAAGUUGUUGCACAAUCUUCUCUAAAAAAUGAUAAAGAACGUGCAAGUUUACGAAAGGCGCUUGAAGAAAUUAUCGAUCAAAGUGAUGAAACACUUUUACCAGAUGGUUUGUACCAUUAUUGUUCUCGUACUACUUUGGCUGAUUUAAUUCAAAAGAAAAUGGAUUGUGAAAUAAGGAAUUUAAUUAAAUUGCCAUCGAAUAUAAAUACCACUCGUGGUUGUCUAGAAAUCAGUUGUCAAACUCGGCAAAUCUUAUUAACAGGAGAAUCAUCAAAUUUAAUAAGUUUUGGAAUUCAUUUUACAACUAUUAAUUGUUCUGAAGAAUCUGGUGAAAUGAAAUCUUCACAAACCAUUUUAAAGAAUAAUAAUAAUAAAUCAAGAACAAUUUUAAUGGCUUAUACUAUUGGUGAUGAAAAAUCAGGUUUUAAUUCACUUCUUACAAUUGAAUUAAAUAAUAGUAGUAGUAAUAAAUCUGAAUUUAAGAUUAUGAAUGGUGUUGAAUUGUUUUUGGAUGCAAUACCUGGGGAUACUAAUCCUGCAAAUUUGCCAUACGAACUACAAGAUAUGCAGUUUUAUUCAUCUCAAAUACUUCUACUAAUUGUAUCUCGUCGUUCAAAGCACAAUAAAGUUUCAUCGAUUCGAUCAUCACCUAAAAUAAAUGUGAAUAGUAUAAAAAUUGAUGAAACUUUGUUGAAUCGUGAAUUAUCAUCGUUAACAUCAACGAGCAGUGAUUUAAUGCAUAGUUGGCUUGUUAUGGUACCGAUUCGUGAUGUAUUGAAUAUUGUCAAUGAAUCAAUUCACACUAAUUUACCAAGAAAAAAUCUAUCUGAAUUCAUUACACGCGGAAAUAUUGAAGCAUUACCGUGGCACGCUAUUAAAUUAACAACUAAUGGUGAUCGUUCAAUUGUUUUUGUUCUUUUCGAAAAUUAUUCUACAUGUCGUGUUUAUUUAAUGGAACGACCAGAACCAGACGAAACUAUGGUUGUUGAUUAUGCUGCCAGUGAGAGUCAUCUACAAGCUACUAAUAAUAGUAACGAUGUCAAUAUGUUGGUGCUGAUGAUACCGGUGUUGUUGCUGGAACUAGUCACGUCAUUGGAAAAGUAUAACCACUUAUUGUAA